AUGGAGAGGUUGUGGUCCUACCUUAGAACAUUUGGGAAGAUCACAAAAGAGAUGACACCAUCUCAUCGUGUUGACACCCUCACCGAUGCCCUCCUCUACUACGCAGCCAGGGUCAGGGAGAAGCAAGGUAUAAAUGUAGAACUGGAAAUCAGUUAAGUAUUGUGACGACCCAUUGUUCAGGAUUGUGUUGAUAUCAUUUUUUUAAAGAAAACGCUGAUGUAUUUUAAACAAUCUAUGAAAUGUAUGUUCACCUUCAUAUGUAAUAGCACCAGUAAUACAACUCUGUCUGCAGAAGGUCCUGAAGGAGGAAACCGAGGCAAAGGAGGAGUUGAUGGUGCUACUUAACAGCAUUCCGGGUUAGAUUCCAUGUGUUUUGCUCAUAAUUUUUGUUAAUAUGUAAUUAUCCUUUUCUGCUAAUUCAAUCAGAUGAAUUGGAAGCAGGGCUUCAGUAGCUGGAGUCAAGGCUUUCUCCUACAGAGCUCCUCUUUAUGGAAUGAUUUGCUGAUGUGAGAGAAUCAGACUCAGUCUCAACUUCAAGUCUAGACUGAAGACUUCUCUCUUCAGUCAGUCCUAUGAUUGAGUGUAGUCUGGCCCAUGGGUGGGAAGGUGAACAGAAAGGUUCUAGUCCCCACAACACACCCCACCCAUAAACCUUGACUUCCUUAAACCUGAAAGCCAUCUGAGCCUAGAAUCUUGAAAUGUUUGCACCCUCUAUAGCCAUUAUGGUCUUUACCUGACCCUGCUGGUCAUCUAUGAACAUUUGAACGUUUUUUUGUGUGCUCUAUCCUGUUCUGAUUAUCCACCAGUCUGACAAGCAUGCACACCAUGAACCGCUUGUAUUGUGCUUCUGCCUCUGCAUUGCUCUUUGGGGUUUUAGGCUGGGUAUCUGUAAAGCACUUUGUGAUGCUGUUUUACAACUGCUGAUGUAAAAAGGGCUUUAUAAAAUAUAUUUGAUUGUUUUGAUGAUUAAUUCCUUGCUGUGGUUUCACUGACAAUUUGAUAUUUUAGUAAAAUUCCUAAUAAGAUAUUUUUCACUAACUUGUGAGCAUUGCACAUGUAGAACACAGCACAACUGCCAGUGUGGUUUAUUUUGUUCUGCAAUAUAUUUAAUUAGACCCUUGAUUAUGUUGGAGGCAGCACACAGUCAGAUGUGGAAGUUUGGACCCGUCAGAUAAAGGAGACCCUCACAGACAAGAGGACAUUGUUCCUUACCUGGCAGGAGAGAUACGUGGAAACUCUCGCAGAGCAACAUCGAGUUGCGUAAGUAGUUGCUACAUCUCUGACCUAAGGUUUUAUCCCAUCUCUAAACACCCCUUUCUGUCUGGCUUAGCCCUACCAGUCAUGACUGCCACGUUCCUAUACCCUACUGUGUCCUGGUCCCACAAUCUCUUGGAUCUCCAUAGCUACUCCCUGUUACUUUAUACUCUUAUCACCACCUCCUGCUGUCACCUGCCCCUUUUCACUACAUAUCCCAGAAACAUCAGUUCCCCCCCUCCCCUGAUUAAUCUAUUCUACAUAAUAAUAAUAAUAAUAAUAAUAAUAAUAAUAUGCCAUUUAGCAGACGCUUUUAUCCAAAGCGACUUACAGUCAUGCGCGCAUACAUUUUUACGUAUGGAGUCUUCUGACCUGCACACCAACACUUCACGCUGCAUAAUCCACUCCACACUCAAAUCUACACUCAAAUGGGUUUUGCCUUCGUAUCUGGUUAGUUUUAUGUUGAGAUGCUUUCAUACUGUUAUAUUUUCGCUUAUAUAUUUGUAUAAUAUUUUCUAGGUCUAACAUGAUGUCCCCGUCAAUCACCGAUGAUAGGAACGCUCAGUUGACUACUCAGCUUGAAAAGUAAAUCGCUUUUUUAGGAUGUCGUCUCCAUCAUAUUUGUCCCACUGUAUUGGGGCUAGUCAAUAUAGGUUUUAAACCUUUUAACAAAUGUUCACAUUUCAGCCUGGAGAAAAGGUUGAAGGCCAUGGAGAAGAGACACCGGAUUGUACGCUGGUCUCUUCAACACUGUGCAGCAAUUUUGGAAAGUCUGCAGACUAAGAAGAGUCACUGUCUGCUGGCCACAAUCUAUAGGCUUGUCCUGGCGCGCUCUUUCUAUUGUGGCCUGGUCAGAAAGUAUGUAGGUACAGCAGCCAAUUCAGUGUUGUUGAACACUGCAUCACACCCUGGCAUAUCACUGCUGUUGUUAUCUCAUUCACCCAGGUGCUUUGAACUAUAUGAAAGAUUUCUAUCAAACUUCAAGAUUUUCAUUACCAUUUCUUAAAAUUGUUUUUCAGAUGGACAAACCAUUGCUGUGCGUCUCUCCAGAAAAAUCAAGCGGACAUCGGAUAAACAGAAUAAACAGCAGAACAACACCUACAAUGGAAGGAACAAGUCACCUCAAUUCCCGCCAAGACUGGAGUAUGUGGAUGUUCUCCAGCAAGACCAUCCAGUCUGGUCCCAGGUGUCCAACAGCUUGGGGGACAGUCUGCUCCGGGCAAAGCAGCAUGCGGUGAUGCUGCAUUACAUGUGCCUUAGGGCAGCGGAGGAGAGGGACCUUAUACAAGCAGACCUACAAAAUGGCCUUUUGCAUUGCCGGCAAGAGCUGGGGCUUUUUGAAGAGGCCCUUGCUUCUCUUGGGUAGUGUGAGGCCGAGCCAACACGCUUUCACCUGGGUGCCUCUGUGCUGCUCCGAAAUAAAAUGCAGAACAUAUUAAAGCUCCAGCAAGCAUUUUCAAUGUUGGCUGGUGAUGGCUCGGUCAGCACAGAUGUAGAGGAGGACAGUGAUGCAGAAGAUGAAAGUGGUUGAGGAAUGAAUGUCUGUCUGUGUGUGCGUGUGAGUACUAUAGGGACAAACUAUACACUGAGUAUUCCAAACAUUAGGAACACCUUCCUAAUAUUGAGUUGCACCCCCCCCCUUUGCCCUCAGAACAGCCUCAAUUUGUCAGGGCAUGGACUCUACAAUGUGUCGAAAGCGUUCCACAGGGAUGCUGACCCAUGUUGACUCCAAUGCUUCCCACAGUUGUGUCAAGUUGGCUGGAUGUCCUUUCGGUGGUGGACCAUUCUUGAUACACGUGAAACUGUUGAGUGUGAAAAACCCAGAAGCGUUACCGUUCUUUACAAAAGUUCUGAACCCUUCUAUUCUCAUUGUUUCUACAGAUUGUAAAUUGAAAAUAAACAUUUUUGCUAAAAUAUUAUUAUAUUAUUGAUCGAUUGACUAUGACUUUUCAGAUCACCCAGUAGUGUGAUCUGCAGGGUUAGCUCCAGGUAAAUAUUGCAAUGGCCCAUGUUGAUUCCAAUGCUUCCCAUAGUUGUGUGAAGUUGGCUGGAUGUCCUUUGGGUGGUGGACCAUUCUUGAUACACACAGGAAAAUGUUGAGCGUGAAAAACCCAGCAGCGUUGCAGAUCUUGACACAAACCGGUGCGCCUGGCACCUACUACCAUACCCCUUUCAAAGGCACUUAAAUAUUUUGUCUUGCCCAUUCACCCUCUGAAUGGCACACAUACACAAUCCAAGUCUCAAUUGUCUCAAGGCUUAGAAAUCCUUCUUUAACCUGUCUCCUCCCCUUCAUCUACACUGAUUUAAGUGGAUUUAACAAGUUACAUCAAUAAGGGAUCAUAGCUUUCACCUGGAUUCACCUGGACGGGAGAUGACAAGUGCCUGGAUUAGGACCUGUGCCGCUUUCUGUGUAAGGUAGGGUCGUACUCUGCGAAUGUUGUAGAACAUGAACCUGCAGGAUCGGGUCACCGCUUUGAUGUUAGUGGAGAACGACAGGGUGUUGUCCAGGGUCACGCCAAGGUUCUUUGCACUCUGGGAGGAGGACACAAUGGAGUUGUCAACCGUGAUGGCGAGAUCAUGGAGCGGGUAGUCCUUCCCCGGGAGGAAGAGCAGCUCCGUCUUGCCGAGGUUCAGUUUGAGGUGGUGAUCCGACAUCCACACUGAUAUGUCUGCCAGACAUGCAGAGAUGAGAUUCGCCACCUGGUUAUCAGAAGGGGGAAAGGAGAAAAUGAAUUGUGUGUCGUCUGCGUAUGAUAGGAGAGACCAUGUGAGGAUAUGACAGAGCCAAGUGACUUGGUGUAUAGAGAGAAUAGGAGAGGGCCUAGAACUGAACCAUGGGGGACACCAGUGGUGAGAGCACGUGGUGCGGAGACAGAUUCUCGCCACGCCACCUGGUAGGAGCGACCUGUCAGGUAGGACGCAAUCCAAGAGUGAGCAGCGCCGGAGAUGCCCAACUCGGAGAGGGUGGAGAGGAGGAUCUGAUGGUUCACAAUAUCAAAGGCAACGGAUAGGUCUAGAAGGAUAAGAGCAGAGGAGAGAGAGUUAGCUUUAGCAGUGCGGAGAGCCUCCGUGACACAGAGAAGAGCAGUCUCAGUUGAAUGACCAGUCUUGAAACCUGACUGGUUUGGAUCAAGAAGGUCAUUCUGAGAGAGAUAGCAGGAGAGUUGGCUAGAGACGGCACGCUCAAGAGUUUUGGAGAGAAAAGAAAGAAGGGAUACUGGUCUGUAGUUGUUGACAUUGGAGGGAUCGAGUGUAGGUUUUUUGAGGAGGGGUGCAACUCUCGCUCUCUUGAAGAUGGAAGGGACAUGGCCAGCGGACAAGGAUGAGUUGAUGAGCGAGGUGAGGUAAGGGAGAAGGUCUCCGGAAAUGGUCUGGAGAAGAGGAGAGGGGAUAGGGUCAAGCGGGCAGGUUGUUGGGCGGCCGGCCGUCACAAGUCGCAAGAUUUCAUCUGGAGAGAGAGGGGAGAAAGAAGUCAAAGCAUAGGGUAGGGCAGUGUGAGCAGGACCAGCGGUGUCAUUUGACUUAAUAAAUGAGGAUCAGAUGUCGUCAACCUUCUUUUCAAAAUGGUUGACGAAGUCAUCCACAGAGAGGGAGGAGGGAGGGUGACGAGUAGGAGUAUUCAGCAGGGAGGAGAAGGUGGCAAAGAGCUUCCUAGGGUUAGAGGUAGAGGCUUGAAAUUUAGAGUGGUAGAAAGUGGCUUUAGCAGCGGAAACAGAGGAAGAGAAUGUAGAGAGGAGGGAGUGAAAAGAUGACAGGUCCGCAGGGAGUCCAGUUUUCCUCCAUUUCCGCUCGGCUGCCCGGAGCCCUCUUCAGCACCAACUACAGGCCCUGUUCCAGCUCCACUCCCAUCUCCAGGCCCAGCUCCACUCCCAUUUCCAGCUCCACUCCCAGCUCCAGGCCCAGCUCCACUCCCAGCUCCACUCCCAGCUCCAGGCCCAGCUCCAUCUCCAGCUCCGGCUCUAGACCCAGCUCCACUCCCAUCUCCAGCUCCAGCUCCACUCCCAGCUCCAGGCCCAGCUCCAUCUCCAGCUCCGGCUCUAGACCCAGCACCACCCCCAGCUGCAAACAGAUAUUCUAA